AUGGCAGCACCACAAAACAAGCACGUCUACCACAACGUGCACGCACUACGAGGCGGGAAACCUGAGCUUGGCGACAUUGCGCUUAAUGACUACCAUCUCGUCUUCCGGUUUCCGCCCGAAUCCGCCGCCAUUACUGCCGAUUCCGAGUCUAAAAAGCUGGUCAAGCAAGUCUGGUUUGCGUUCCACAUCAUCUCCCACUGCACACUACGGCCGACCACCCCUUCUAGCGGGGUACCUUCUUCAAUACGCAUCCGUUUCCGAGACUUCACCUACGUCAGUUUCAACUUUCCCGACGACAAGCAGGCCCGCGAUGCCUUCGAAUUCAUCCGCUCGAGGACGUGUAGGCUGGGAAGCAUAGACCACCUCCUGGCCUUUCACUACAAACCCCCCCCAGGUUCGCCGGAGAAUAAGAUCAACGGCUGGGACUUGUACGAUGCGAGGGCCGAGUUUAAGAGACAGGGGAUCAGCGAGAAAUCGCCCGACAUUGGGUGGAGGAUAACAACGAUCAAUAAGGACUAUGUUUUCUCCCCAACGUACCCCGCGGUUCUGGCGGUACCCUCAAAGAUUUCGGAUAGCACGCUUAAGUACGCUUCAUCUUUCCGCUCUCGCGCCCGCAUACCGACACUCAGCUACCUGCACCCCGUCAACAAUUGCUCGAUCACACGCAGUUCGCAGCCGUUUGUAGGUCUACGACUGAAUCGUAGCAUCCAGGAUGAACGGCUCGUUGGGGCUUGCUUUUCUGCUUCCGUCGACUCCCCGGAUACUAACACGCCUGUCAUGGUGGAGCGGAGCGCAUCGUCAAGCCAUGUGGAUUUGAGUGCAGAUAGUGUGGACAUAGACAUGUCAUCCUCGGAGACGGAGCGGAUCCGAAUGGAAGACGAGCUGAUCGCCGGGGCCAACACACAACAGUAUGAUGAGAAGACGGGGAAGCGCUUGGUGUAUGGUGCACAACAACACAACCUCAUUGUCGACGCCAGGCCUGCAAUCAACUCGUACGCCAUGCAGGCGAUUGGAAAGGGGUCGGAAAACAUGGACUACUACAGAUUUGCGAAGAAGGUCUUUCUGAAUAUAGACAACAUCCACGUCAUGCGCGACUCAUUAGACAAGGUCAUCAACGCCAUCAAGGACGCGGACGUUUCUCCCUUCCCGCCCAAUCGAGAUCUCCUCGCCAAAAGCAAAUGGCUGAAGCACAUUGGCGGCAUUCUCGACGGCUCGGCUAUCAUCGCGCGGCAGGUUGGCAUCCAACACUCGCAUGUGCUCAUCCAUUGCUCUGAUGGAUGGGAUCGUACAAGCCAGCUUAGCGCCUUAGCCCAGCUGAUGCUCGAUCCUUAUUACCGCACCAUUGAAGGGUUUAUCGUUCUGGUCGAGAAGGAAUGGCUCUCAUUUGGGCAUAUGUUCCAGCUCCGGUCGGGUCAUAUGAGCCAUGAGAAUUGGUUCAACGUGGAUAGUGACGCAUUGGCCGGCACAACGAUUCGACCAGGCGAAAGUGAGGGCCGUGGCGACGCCAUUGAGAACGCUUUUGCAAGCGCGAAGCGUUUCUGGAACAAGAGCGUCGGUGGGGACCACGGCAACAAAGACGCAAAGGACGCAUCGUCACCGGAAGCAGAGGAAGGCUCCGCCGUUGACGAAGCGAAACUCGGGCCCGCGCCCAUCACGGAGGGCCAAGCGACGAAACUGAGUGAUGUCUCCCCCGUGUUCCAGCAGUUCCUCGACGCCACGUACCAGCUAGUCCGACAGCACCCAACACAAUUCGAGUUCAAUGAACGUUUCCUCCGUCGUCUGCUGUACCAUGUGUACUCUUGUCAGUACGGCACCUUCCUGUUCAACAACGAGCGGCAGCGACACGAAGCGAAGCUACGUGAACGCACACGCAGCGUCUGGGGUUAUUUUUUGAGCCGCCGCCAGGAGUUCACUAACGAGCAAUACGACCCAACCAUCGAUGACCAUACCAAGGGCCGCGAACGCCUAAUUUUCCCCCGGCAGGGCGAGGUGCGGUGGUGGUACCAGCUCUUCAAUCGCACAGACGAUGAGAUGAACGGCGCUCUUAACGCUUCAGCCGCGACGGCGGAGCGUGUCGCAGCCUAUGCGGCCGAGAACGCAACUAACACGGCUAGCGGGAGCAAUGAAACCAAGUUCGACCCUCCAGCUCUCACAGCUAGUCAGUCGGUGCUCACAGGGGUAGAGACCGCUCAUGAAGCCCUCACCCCGGAGACCAGGACGACGGCCUCGUUCAACCGCAGCGCCAGCACCGGCGGGAUCCCAGGCGCCUUCGGGGCACUGCAGGACAGGCUUACUGGGCUGAGCAUUGGGCCUGGGAUGUUUGGCAGCGGCGGUGGUAUUGGUGGUGGGAGCUCGAGCGUGGGGCGGACUCGGGGAGGUUCAGGUUCUGAUGAGCAUGACGGACCCGACGAUGGGCUUACUGGGAAGCCAAAGGAUGUCACUGCUCCCCUGGGAGAUGAUGGAGAAGGCGGUCAAGAGAUGAAGAGUCUGGACUGA